AUGGUCAGGGUACUGGCGGGUUUCAAGAAAGAAAGAAGUCAAAGUCCCGUCAAGCCGAGAUAUGACAUUGAGAUUGUUACUGGGGCAAAAGAUGUUGAAAAGGAAGGCCAAGAUUUCCAACGUACUUUGAACCGCAUCAAUCCGAUAUUUGGAGCUCGAGAUAUGGUUAAAUUAAUGAAGACAGUGCAGGCUGGAAAUUGUCCAGAGGCAGGGAACAAGAAGAUCAUGCAAGAGUACGAGAAGAAGGAGAAGCAAGUCGAAGUUCGAAAGAAGAUUGAGUAUUCGAUGCAGCUUAAUGCAUCUAGGAUCAAGGUCCUUCAGGCUCAAGAUGAUGUGGUUAAUGAAAUGAAAGAAUCGGCAUCCAAGGAACUUCUGAAUGUGAGCAAUGAUCACCAUGUGUACAAAAAUCUUUUGAAAGAUGUCAUUGUUCAGAGUUUGGUCAGACUGAAAGAACCUGCUGUCUUACUGCGUUGUCUCAAAGAUGAUGUGCAUUUAGUGGUGUCUGUACUGGAUUCAGCAAAAGAGGAAUAUGCUUCUAAAGUUAAUGUUGAUCCACCGGAGAUAUUCAUCGACGAUGUCCAUCUUCCCCCUGCACCUUCUCACCACAAUGCUCAUGGUCCUUUCUGCUCUGGAGGUGUUGUCCUAGCAUCCCGAGAUGGAAAGAUAGUUUAUGAGAACACCUUGGAUGCACGGUUGGAUGUUGCGUUCAAUAAAAAGCUUCCAGAGAUACGCAAGUGGCUCUUCGAUCAGGUUGCUGCUUGAAGGGUAGGACUGUAUUGUUUUCUCGGCAGCUUGGGUCAUCAACCACAUAGAGGGGUACUCCCUUU